AUGGCCGCUGCCACACUGCAAGCUGUGGAUCAACGCCUUCGCUCCAUCAUAACCAACCUGUACAUGCUCAUUCUCCAAGCCCACGACUACCAUGGCCAGGGCACGCAACAUGCUAUGACAGAUGAAAUCAAACGCCUCAUCCAGAAUCUCGUCGAGGUCAGCCAACAAGCACGGACGCUGAACAUCCCAGUUCCGAUUGGCAUCAUUCAGUACAUCGAGCAGUCUCGCAAUCCCGAUGUUUACACCCGCGAGUUUGUCGAGUCAGUCAUGAAGUGGAAUCAGCAGUUGAAGGGCAGGAGUGAAGCUUUCGCACAGUUCCGGGACAUCCUGGCGAGGGAGAUGAUGAGCGGUAUACCUGAUAUCAAGGACGACGUGAGGGAGAUCGCGGCGUCGACAGGUGGCUAG